AUGGCUUCCACAAUUGCUAUAGGGACAGGCGUGGCCGUUGCGGCUUUUCUCGGUCGAGCAGGUUUGGUGGCAUGGCGACGGUCGCGCGGCGGUGUCGGCGCUUUAGGCAAGGCUUUUUACAAAGGUGGCUUUGAGCCCAAGAUGUCUAAGCGGGAGGCUACGCUCAUCCUGUCAUUGAAUGAGCGGGCCGUCACAAAGGACAAAGUUCGCAAGGCUCAUCGGAACCUGAUGCUGCUCAACCACCCCGAUCGUGGCGGCAGCCCAUACCUUGCAACGAAGGUCAACGAAGCUAAGGAGCUGCUGGAGAAGCAGGCCUCAUAA